CCUCUGCCUGCUUGCACGUCGCUUAAAAAAAACAGCAGCGGCGGCAGUUGAGGGAAGAGAGUAAAUAGAGAGAGAAGCCUCAAGAUGGCUGACUUGCUGGGCUCCGUCCAUCUCACCGGAGCUGCUGCUGCGGUAGCCCCGGCGGUCGCCUCCGCUAAAAGCCUUCUCGUCAAGCCCACUGAGGCGAAGGGAGACCCCGACAACCGCUAUCAGUCUUCUCGCGAUUUCAACCCGCCGCCGCCCAAGAGGGUCCGGGUCGAGGAGAGGAGCGUGAAACCCAAGAAAGUCAGCACGGACGGAGGAGUGGGAGGCAACCGCAGCGUCAAAGAGAAACUCCAGCAGCCCACGAAGCAGCAGAGUAACAGCCCGGGGUCGUGGAGCUUCAGUCCGGUGAAGACGAGCAGCAACAUCCCUCCUCCGGUGCCUGCUACCGGUGGAUCCCAACCACCGACAAACACCCAUAAAGUCUUCAAACAGAGCCAUUUUUUCCUCCACAAAGCGCCUUCCUCCUCCAAACCCAAGAAACCCAAUAAAGAUAAACUGCGGGAGAAGGAGAAAGGAUGUGGCGAUAAAAAACAUAAACUGUUGGUGACCUCCGGACACGGGAGUAGUAACAACAACAACAACAACGAUGUCAGCAGAUAUAACACUUCUGCAGUGAAGAGGGAAAAUGGGGAGGUCAUGUUGGCACCUAAAGAGCACUCCGACAAGGUGAAAGAGAGAGAGCAAGAGGAGAGGGAGAAGAAGAAGGUCAAAGACAGAGAGAAGGAGAAGAACAAGCACAAAGUGAUCAACGAGAUCAAGCGGGAGAACGGAGACGUCAAGCAGCCCAUUAAAGAUGAAAAAGAGAAGAUCAACUCUGAGGAGCUGCAAAUAAAAAAAGUGAAGAAAAAAAAGAAGAAGAAACACAAAGAGGUGGAGAAGCAUAAACGUGUGAAGAUGUACCACCGCUCCUGCCAGACCACAUGUGCCGGCUUGCUCCUUUGCCCUCCAUCCUCUCCCCCUCCCAGUAACUCCUCACUUUCUCCAUUUAAGUCCCCUCUCCCUAUUUUCAACACAACUAACAACAGAACACACCUCCUGCCUUCUUCUCCUCCUCUCUCCUCCAAAGCUCUCUUCAGCUCCCCUCUCCACAACUCUCCGUCAUGCAUCAAGCCUGCACAACCCUCCCCUACCAAAAACCAUGCACAGAGUGUGUACCCUGGCAUGGCCGGCCUGGAGUUUGCCCCAUACAUUCACAUAGAGAACCAGCCUAACGGAGGCGCCCUGGUGGCUCACGCCUACACCUCCCAGCUCUCCUCUCUCUCCGCGGGACAGAGGCAGAGAUUCGCCCAGGAGUUUGUCACCUUGUCUUUCAGCGAGGACUCAUCCCAGGCAGCUGAUUACGUCAUGGGGAUUGUCCACGGAGAGGCAGGAUACCUACCUGACUUUUUGGACUACUUCUCAGACCACUUUCCCUCAGCUCCAGUCAAAAUGGAAAUACUCGGGAAGAAGGACAUAGAAACCACCACCAUGGCUAAUUUCUACUCUCAGGUAAAAAAAACAUACAGUAAUGGAACAUACAGAGCCGGGGCGAUGAGACAGAUCAGCCUGGUAGGAGCCGUGGACGAGGAGGUCGGGGAUUAUUUCCCAGAAUUCCUCAACAUGCUGGAGGAGUCACCAUUCCUGAAGCGGACUCUUCCUUGGGGAACGCGCUCCAGUCUAAGGCAGAUGAGUCCCACAGAGAGUGACGACGGGCCUAUAAUGUGGGUCAGACCAGGAGAGCAGAUGAUACCUGUAGCUGAUAUACCAAAGUCCCCUUUUAAAAGGAAACGCUCCACCAACGAGGUGAAGAACCUGCUGCAGUCUCUGCCCAGGACCAGCGAGCCCAGAGAGAUGCUGUUUGAGGAUAGGACCCGCGCGCACGCCGAUCACAUCGGGCAGGGCUUUGAGCGUCAGACCACAGCUGCUGUGGGGGUCCUGAAGGCCGUACUUUCCGGAGAAAGCUCGGACCCUCCUCGUGUAACCAAAGACGUUGUGUGUUUCCACGCUGGUGAUUUCCCUCAUGUGGUUCAGAGGCUGCAGCUGGACCUAUAUGAACCUCCCCUAUCUCAGUGUGUGAAGUGGGUGGAUGAUGCCAAACUGAACCAGCUGCGUCGAGAGGGCAUCCGCUACGCCCGCAUCCGCCUGUGUCACAAUGACAUCUACUUCAUCCCUCGCAACGUCGUCCACCAGUUCAAGACCGUGUCGUCUGUCUGCAGCCUGGCCUGGCAUGUACGCCUACAGCAAUACCACGGUGGAGAAGGAGAGGACGAAGAAGAGGAGGAGGAGGAGGUGAAGGAGGAAGAGGAGGAGGUAGAGCUGAAGGAAAAGGAGAGUGAGGUAGAAGAAGAGAGGAGGAGAGGAAAAAAGGAGGAAAAAUGUCUGAAAGAGAGGAUAAAGGAGGAGGUCGACGUGGCAGAAAAAAGGACGUUGCUGACUGUCAAAACUGAGGAGGAGGAGUCUCUUCCUCUUCAGCCUUCACCUCUUGUGUCUCCACCUCCUCUCUCCAUGGACUCCAAUGUGAGCGGCACGAGAGACAAAGAAGAAGAAGAGGAGAAGAAGAGGUUGAAAGAAGGAGUCAAACCCAAACAACAGGAUGCACCUCAUGCAAAAAUAAAAGCAGAACCACUUUCUCCCUUAAGAAACAAAUCAACUCCACCUCCUUCUGCUCGCUGUCCUCCUGAUCAGGACGCCAAACCUAAAGCAGCAUCAUCAAAGCACCAUCACCGUCAUCACCAUCAUAACUCUGAGAACAGGACGACGUCUUCCAGUAAAAGCUCCUCUUCAUUUCCUCACUCAGCUUCUAAAUCACACAUCUCCAAGUCUUCCUCUUCAUCUUUGGUGUCUCCUCUAGCUCCUCCUUCUCCAUCUUCAGUAUCCUCUGCAUUUUCUCUUCCAGCUACAACAUCCUCCUCCUUUGCCAAAUCAGCCCAAACUAUUGUGAAACCAUCUUCCUGCUGUCGGCCUGAACUGAAGGACAAAGACUCCCCCCGCCUGAAAGCAGACAACGCCUUAGACACUAGGACACACAAAGCUGCCACAGACGUUCAACAAACACACACACCUUCAGGUCUGCAGGUAGACACACGGACACACACUGCAGAUGUGAGGACAUACACACUCCAAGAGACAUGGACUCAGAGUUCAAACUCGAGGACCUCGUCUUUGGAUCCACAGAGGCCGGGGAGUUACCUGCAGCAAUACACACCCAAACACCUGCCCCCUCCCUCCCCACUCCCUCACAUGCUGCCCCCGUCUUACCCUCCUCACAGGCCCCCAAUGCAUCCCCCAAACCCUCCACUCCCCCAAACUAUGAACUCAUUUCUCCCACAGACUCCGCCCCCCCAUUCGGCCCACAUAAACCAGCUCCACCUGCCCCCCCCUCCCCAACCUAACCUCACCACCCAGUCUCAACCGUACUACCACCCUUCCCUCCCCGCCUCCCAAACUCUCCCUCAUCUCCUCCCUCACCAUCACCAGUACCCCCCCAAACCAAACCCUACUACCCCAUCAGCACCCCACUUCCCGUUUCAUCCCUUCCUUCCCCCGCAGUCGUACCUCCCCAACUGCCGGCUUCUUACCCCCUGCAGCCACUGUACCAAACUUUAAAGCCAGCACAGCAUUUCCCUCACCCGCCUCCUCCUCCUUCCUCCACACCUCCUCCUCUGCCUCCUCCUCCUCCUCCCCCUCAGCCUUCCCCCUC